GCCUGCAGAUCAGGUUAGGUGGACGUUUUGAAGAUGCCAUAUGUCUGUUGAUAUGUCCUGAGAUGUCCUCCUCCUCCUCUUCAGUUGUCCUCACUCACCUUUGGUCACCAGGUUCUUCCACCAACACAUGUUUUUAUCACACACUGACAUUGCUGGGAGUUCAGGUAUUUGGUAAACAGAGAUGCACCACCGCCCACAGCGAGGAAUUAGAGCCACUUGGAUUCCAAAUGCCAGCAUGGGAGUUUGCAGUCAGAGAGACUAAAACUAAUGUGAAAACUAAUUUUUAGCCUAGUUUCUAGAUAUUUCAUAUCACUCACGGAAGGAAAGAAAAAGGAUCAGUAGAAUCAGUAGACACAUUCGGUUUUCUGCUCCCAUUACAGACUGAGCUCAGAAUUUCUAAGUCCGCCAGGAGUUAAAGGGAGAUAAUGUGAAACUGUGUGCUGUAAGUCUACACGCACUUCCUAGGUUGGACACUGGGGUCAUGGGUGUCCUCUCCAAGUCUAAAUUACUGCCAUGCUAUUCUUCAAAAGGUUUUGUCAGCUGUAGCUGUCUGAACCACGAUGGUUUGUCCAGAAUAAUUCCCAUAGAGUCAGGAGAAUGUCCCUCAAGAUGUGUUGUUGUCCUUCUCUUGAUGCCACAUUAAGAUACCCUGCAAAACCCAAGGCAUUCACAGUGCUUGACUACCUCCUGGGCAGAAUGAAAUGCCCAACUCCCUUUCAUAAAUAAGGGAAAAUCCAUUCCCACGUAGCGAUCUCAGAUGAAACAUGCAGUAUGUUGGUCUUCCACAGCCCUGUUUUCUGUGUGGAAAUGUCUUCUGUCAGCCCUCUGUACAGACUUAUUCCCAGAGCAACAAUACCCUUGUAGAGGUAGCUGUUCAAAGAUAACCUACUCAAACCCUAGCCUAUAAAGCAGUGAACAGAUUUUUACUCUUAAAUCUCACUUCAGUUUCCACAUCCAUACCACCCCUCAACAUAAUGAAAUACUAAAUAUUUGUUCUAACAUUAAACCCUAGCUGUGGUUUAAAAAUAUCCCUAGAUAAUACCCAUAACCAGAAAAGGAAUGACCCAGAUCCAGAGUACUUGUAACUCUGAAUAGCCAAAGGUGUGAUAAGGGGAGGGUUAGUUAGAUGUGUUAUACUUUUUUUUUUUUCCCCUCCAACUAUUCAGUGUUGCUCUUCAUUAUUUUUUUUUUAUCCUUUUUAAAGCAUUAAAUCCUCCCUGCAUAACCGCCUCUGCUCCAUUCACCGCCGAAUGGACGGUGCGCUGAUCUUUUUAUCGGUGGGUAAUGGAUUUGGUUUGAUUGCUUGACACAAGAACAAUAGUGGCAUAAGCAGUUCCAUUCAAGCCCAUGAAACUCCCCAUCUGUUGAGCACGUGCACGUUUGGGGAGCUGGGCAGAGACAGAUGAACACGGCAGCCAAGCCUGAUGUUAAUGACAUCAGUCAUACAAGCAGAACAUGUGGCACAAUAAAUCAAAAACUAAUUGAACUUUUGCUUGAUUAUCUUGCUGUCCCACUGCCCAUUCUACGCACUGCACGGCUUCCUGGAACAAUGCCCUUGCCCUGCAAUAGAUUUCCUGCCCUUGGACAGCAGGAGGCUGCCCUGGGAUGUAACAAGUGAUAGCAGCUUCUCUUCAGGCAGUUAUUUCUCGAAACAGUGUCAUUUUCCACAGAACCAAAAAUAAAACCAAAGAUGCUUCUAGGCUCAGCAUGUGUAUUUGACCAACAUUUAUUUUUACAAAGACACGUGACACAAGCAUGUCAGUGACAGCGUAUGGCUGCUGGCACACUCCAUCUGGGUCUUGGUGGCAGCUUUCUAUGGGAGAAGAUAGCGCUGGUUUUUGUGCUAAUUACACACACACGCUCGUAAUGGUGGCUAUUCAUUGGGCUGAUAUAAUUUAAUAUCGUUGUUAGCACUCGAAAAGUGUUUCUGCUACAUCUGUUGCCGAAGCCUGCAAGCCAACAUGUUGGAGUUCAUAUGCCAAUGGCAGCAGUAAGCCAGCAGAGCCUGAAGGAACUGAUGUCCACAGAUGUGGAAAGGGACAAUUUCUGAUGGCAGCAUGAGGGAAUGCACUUGAAACCUUUGGAAAGGAGCCCCUCUAGAAGUGCAUACAUGUAGAAUGAGGCCCAAAUCCUUCAAGUCACGUAGGAACCAGCCCAUGAUGUGGCCACCUGCCAUCUCUCCAGAACCAUUAAAGCACAAGGGAUGUACGUACAGCCCCAUGGAUGCCUACCUGAUGUGCCCUCCUUUAGACAUCUACAUUUGAAAUUCAACACUGACAUGCCCAGUAGUUAGGUACAAGUUUAUGAACUUACAGGUGGAGCACCAAACACUCAGAAUCAACUCCUCACUACACAGGAACAGACACAUUUCAUGGUAAAUGUGCUGAACUACACAAAGGUUAUCCCAGCUUGUUGUAAAAUUCCUUGUGGUACUCCUGUGAAGUUUACUUGCCGUACACCGGCUGCACAGAGCAGACUUUAUUAUCAGCCAUUUAUUGCAGAGGAUUCUCCAAACCAGUAAAAGGACAAAAUGUUCCUAUCUGGGCAGAGACUUAAGUAACAGCUAAAUUAAAUCUUUACAUUCAUAGUAUUCGUACAAAGGCAGAUGGGAGCAGAAAAUGGUGCGAUGAAGAAUAUGGAAUGAGAUGAGAUCACAGCAUCAGUCUGUCCUUUGUAGAUCUGGACAAUGAUCACAGAGCCAGAUUGGAUUAGUGAAACCUAUUUACCAGAAGUUCAGAGCAGUUGCGUGAAGCUGAAAGGCAGUCAGGAGAGAGAGGUGGAAAAUGCACCAGAUUUACAGCUGCAGCGAUGAAAAUUUAGAAGUUUUCACCACCGUGAUUUCAUCCAAAUCAUGUAGUCCUGCCCGAAGGAGAGCCAAAAGUGCGCAUCACAUCCUGACAAAGAGUGUGGUAGCAGUGUCUGACUGUCGGCCACACAGGCCAGAGAAGCUGCAGCCCCACCAUGGUGACCUCUUCCAGGUGCUCUACAGAGAAGAAGAGGUGCACAGCUUGGACCACGUACGGGGAGGGCAGCAGGGACCCUGCAGCCCCAAGCAUGUGGGAAUAACUGAACGAGGGACAUCCAAACCCUGUAAUCACCAGUCAAAUGGGAAACCUUUGCAGCCUCCAUCAUCUCUAGCCCUCCCCAUCACAGCAAAGCCAGCUCUUACAGGAUCAACUAUGGAUGACCACCCGCUCACAGAAGACCGGAGGCAGCGCUUGAGGAAGAUGGCAGAGUAUGACCUGACCAUGACACCAGGAGCAGAAGCUUCUCUGCCACUGACAGGAGGCAGCCUGUACGGGACACCCAGCUUGCUAAGGAAGAUGUGGAUGAAGCACAAGAAGAAGUCAGAGUACCUGGGGGCAACAAACAGUGCCUUUGAGGCAGACUGAUAAGUCUCAACAUCACUCAAAAAGACACAAGUUCUUUUAGCUAGGACGAGGUGCUCUAGGAUUGAUGAAGAAACAGACACAGCACAGCUCCCCAGGAAAAAGAUACCCUUUUCAUUACUUGAUGCCAUUGCCUCAGAAUGGUAGGAGAAAAGCUAAUUAAGGUAAAAAUGGUGAGUAUGAUGCAACAUAUUAACCUUUCUUUGUUGCAGUAAUCUAGAAUAUCAAAUAUCCCACCAGAUUCACAUCCUGACUCAAUGAUGCUGAAACUAUUGCUGACCUAUUGUAUGCAUCCUGUCUGAAUCGUCUCAGACACACAAGAGAAGCCAACCAAGAUGUUUGUGUGCUUCUAUAAGGUUACAGUUCUCUUUUUGUUAUUGAGUGCCAUUAAGUGCCAGGGCCUUGCUCAUUGUGUACCACUUUUGUCCUCCUUCCCCCUCAUAUAUCCUCUCGUCAGAGAUAUGAGAUAAAAAACACAUGAUAUGCUUAAUUUAGAAAUUGCUGGUUAUGGUCCCUUGCUUUUUUUUUUUUUAUUUCAAAAGAAGAUGAUACAAAAAGUUUUCCCCAGUACUACAGGCAAUAUUAUAUUAGUCAGGAACAAUACUUGUUCCAUAUGAGUGCUCCCCUGCACGUACUGCACAGGAUUUUGGUUUGCCUGAGCCUACAGAACAGCAGACUUUAGCAGGGAUCCACAGCCAGGA